AUUGCUCCACGUUACACAGGAAGAGGGAGCUAAUGUAUUAGAUCGAGGAUGGAACAACUUUCUUCAGCAGUAUUGCUCUCACCUGGUCAGAAAUCACGGCGACAGUUUGUGUGACGUUUACCAGACACAUAUUGCUCCUACCUCACCGUCGAAAUUUCAGUUUUUUGGGCCACACAGUUGCUAGGAGGUUCACCGGUUCGGCCAGAGGAAUGGCUCAGAAAGUACUUGUCACAGGUGGAGGGGGCUACAUUGGCAGCCAUUGUGUGGUUGAGCUCAUAGAGGCCGGUUUUCAUCCUGUUGUGAUUGAUAACUUCAGCAAUGCUGUUCGAGGGGUAGGUGAUGUUCCAGAAAGUCUGAGAAGGAUUGAGGCAUUUCUGGACACAAAUAUUGAGUUCCACGAGCUGGAUAUACUUGACAAACCUGGACUAGAAAGGUUAUUUAAAAAGCACAAAUUCGAUGCAGUGAUGCACUUUGCCGGCCUAAAAGCAGUGGGACAGUCUGUUGAGCAGCCACUGCGAUAUUACCAUGUCAACCUCACAGGAAGCAUCAACCUGCUUGAGGUCAUGCAGGCUCAUGGAGUGCACAAUGUGGUCUUCAGCAGCUCAGCCACUGUGUACGGAGAUCCCCAGAAGCUGCCCAUCGAUGAGAGCCAUCCGGUGGGGGGCUGCACCAACCCCUACGGCAAGACCAAGUACUUCAUUGAGGAAAUGAUCACGGACCACUGUAAGGCAGAGAAGGACUGGAAUGCUGUGUUGCUACGGUACUUUAACCCCAUUGGCGCUCACAUCUCUGGUCAAAUUGGCGAAGACCCUCAGGGUAUCCCCAACAACCUGUUACCAUACGUCGCCCAGGUUGCCAUUGGUAGAAGGAAACAAGUGAAUGUAUUUGGAAAUGACUACAAUACAAUUGAUGGAACAGGUGUGAGAGACUAUAUCCAUGUGGUGGACUUGGCCAAGGGCCAUAUAGCAGCUCUCAGGAAACUAAAAGAAAGUUGUGGAUGCAAGGUAUAUAACCUGGGUACAGGCACAGGUUACUCAGUGCUGCAGAUGGUGAAGGCAAUGGAGAAGGCCUCAGGGAAACAGAUCUCCUACCAGAUCGCCCCACGGAGGAGCGGAGAUAUUGCGUCCUGUUAUGCUGACCCCCUGCUGGCAGAGAAGGAGCUGGGCUGGAAGGCUCACUUUGGUCUGGAGAAGAUGUGUGAGGAUCUGUGGCGCUGGCAAUCCCAGAAUCCUUCUGGCUUCAGCGAAGGCACAGCUGAAUGAUACAGAUGAAUCAAGAAUCACCAGGCCAAAGCAGACCAUGACUUCCUCGUGUUUACACAGAUGACCUGCUUUUAAUGGAAUGGACACCUCAAUAAAAAAAGACAAUUUAUUUAAUACAUUUUUUACUUCAUAUUUUUAUGAUCCUCAUCAGUUAUAGUCUUUAUGUCAAAUCUUAUUUUCUGAAGUGACACCUAUAAAGAAAUUACCUUAUAUCUUUUGGUCUUCAAAAUCAUUUAUUUUUACUGCACUAUCUUUAUGAUUAAAUGUUCUUGUCAAAGAUUAAACAUAUUAACUUAAUGAUUUUAUCAUAAA